GGAGGACAGGAAAGGCCCAAGGCCUGACGGAACACAGAGGAGCGGAGAGAUGUCCGAGAGGAAGCCGUGCCCGCCAUUCACGGGGAAAUUAGCGGCCGUGGCGACAACGGAACAUCCCGCGCCCUCUGAGUCUCCGGGGAAGCUUUCUCCGCUACUCGUUUCCCGGGGGCUUCCUGCUGGCAAACGCACCCAGGGAAAAGAUAUCGGAAAACUCGUGCGUCACAGUCCACACGAGUAGACGAUAGACAUCGCUAUCACCACCUCCAGCCAGAGUGGUGCCAGAGGAUUGAGUUGGGCCUCUCUCCGUCGCUCCCGCAGAGCAAACUCCCCCUUCCAAGUUUCCACAUCGAUGUCGGCCAUUUUGUAAGCCGUCAGCUUGGAGAUUGGCGAUUUGCAAACGGCGACUCCCUUGAGAGGGGAGACUCAGCGGACCACGCACAAAAAGCCGGGAGAUUUAUAAUCGGCCGGAAUCCGGGACCAUAUCUCUGCCCGCAGCGUGGAUUACAAAAUUGCUUCAGCACUUUCCCCCCCCCCUUUGCGACUGGGAAAAGCUCGUUGGCUGUUGCUCGAGAUAUCUCCAUUUCUGUACGUAAUGUGCUGGGGAUGGCCAGACUAGCCAUCAAGAUACAGCGUUACUUCCGGCGCAGGCCUUUGCGACUCUUCACCUUCUUCCUGGUCUACCUCAUGGCGGGCAGCCUGGUCUUCCUCCACCCGGGCUUUGUGGGGGACAGCCCGGUGGCCGGGAGGACCCCGCGCCCGGGGGAAGUCGGGGCACACGGUGGCGGGAGCGGAGGACCAGUGCCCAGCGGCGGCGGCGCCCUCCAGCGUUUCUCCUUCCUGCCCUUCGGCAGGGCCUACAAGGAAGGCCCGGAAAAGGAGCAGUGGUCGGGGGAAGUGGCCACCGGGCCCAGGAGGUACGGGCCCCCCUGGAUGAAACCCGCCCCUCAGACGGACCCCGUGGACAAGCUCCGAGCCGGAGAGCAUGUCGGCAGUUGGAGCCGGGCGCUGAAGGGGAAGAUGUCGAGAGAUCAGGAGGAGAACAGAGCGAAGUAUAUUGGCUGUUAUCUGGACAGCAACAAGCAGCGGGCAUUGAGAGGAACGGCAUUCUUCGACUACAGGAAGAUGACCAUAUUCCGUUGUCAGGACAACUGCGCUGAGAGGGGCUAUCAAUACGCGGGCCUGGAGUUUGGAGCAGAGUGUUACUGUGGCCACAGGAUCCAGACUGUGAACACCAGCGACACGGAGUGCAGCAUGGAGUGUAAAGGGGAGAAGACCAGCACGUGUGGUGGUGGCCCCAACCCCCUGUCCGUCUACUCCCUGGAGCUGGCGCGUGAAUCCGCCCCCCCCUAUGGGAGUGCCUUGUUCCGAGGAUGUUUCAGACGGCCCGACAACGUCUCUGUCGCCCUGCACGCCACAACCGUCCUCCUCAACAUGUCCGUGGAUAGGUGUGUGGACCACUGCACCGAGAAGGAUUACACGCUGGCGGUGUUGGGCGGGUCGACCUGCCGCUGCGGGUUCCCUACCAGGCACUUCACCUUGCACGAGCCGGAGGAUGAGCACCUCUGCGCGUACAAAUGCACCGGCGAAGACUAUGAACAGUGCGGGAGUGCGGAGUACUACGUGGUCUAUCAGACCCAGGUGCAAGAUAACCGGUGCUUGGAUCGAAGGUUCCUGCCGGUGCGUUCGAAGCGCCUGGUGGCGCUGGCCAGCUUCCCGGGAGCUGGGAACACUUGGGGCCGGCACCUGAUGGAACUCACCACGGGAUACUACACCGGCAGCUACUACUUCGAUGGCUCCCUCUACAACAAAGGCUUCAAGGGGGAACGGGACCACUGGAAGAGCGGCCGCCUGCUCUGCAUCAAGACGCACGAGAGCGGCAAGAGGGAAAUAGAGGCGUUCGAUGCCGCCAUCCUGCUCGUACGAAACCCUUACAAAGCGCUGAUGGCCGAAUUCAACCGCAAAUACGGAGGCCACAUUGGCUUUGCCUCAGAAGCCCACUGGAAAGGCAGAGAGUGGCCGGAGUUUGUCAGGAACUACGCCCCCUGGUGGGCCUCGCACACGCUGGACUGGCUGCGGUACGGCCGGCGGGUGCUGGUGGUCCACUACGAGGACCUGAAGCACGACCUCUUCAACCAGCUGAAGAAGAUGGUGACCACCCUGGGGCUGGCGGUCUCCGACGACCGGCUGCUGUGCGUGGAGAGCCAGAAGGACGGCAACUUCAAGCGCUCCGGCCUGCGCAAGCUGGAGUACGACCCCUACACCCCGGAGAUGAGGAAGGUCAUCGGCGUUCUGGUCAAGACUGUCGACGUGGCCCUCAAACUCAGAAACCUCACGGGUGUCCCCGAGGAUUACGCGCCCAGAUGAUUACCAGCUCGCCGGACAACUUAACGUCUCUGGGACGUGGCGAGCGGGAUUUUCCCCCUCC